AUGGGCUCUAAUUUGCUUCUUUUCUUUGCAGGAAAGUGUGGCGGCGUGACAUGGAGGAAGCGAGGAGCGGGUCGAGUGAGUCAUGAUCGUCCGCGGACUCGAACUCCACGCCGAGGACACUAUCGCACGCCCUCGCGCCCAACGCGCCGCAUUCUGACGCGGCUGGAGAAGCAGAGCAGUAGCGAGGACAGUUGCAGCAGUAGCAGCAGUAGUAGCGCUUGCACCACCCCCGACCGGCGGCCCACGCGCCCCUCUCCAAGACAGAACAAAGUACAAACUUCAAGCACCACUAAAUCUCGCGAGGCCGAGCUCACCGGCCAGAGCGCAAGCAGCAUCAGCGGCGAGCAUAGCAGUAGAAGUAACUCCAGUACAAGUAGCAGUAGUAGUAGUUGUAGCGUAACCAGUAGCAGCAGCAGCAGUAGCAGCAGCAGUAGCAGCAGCACCCCGGAGCCAGAGCUACCGACAAGGGCCCCCUCGCGACGCCUGGCCGCGGCCGUUGCGUUGCGACACACGCGACUCAUCGCUGCCACCUUAGACCGGCCCACGCCCAGCCCACCCAGCCCGCCCAGCCCGCCCGCCAAAGCUGCUGUCGAGCGGUCGACGCCCAGCCCGCCCGCCAAGGCUGCCGUCGAGCGAGCCACCCCGAGCCCGCCCUCGAAGGCGAGCGCCGCCGCCAGCCCCCCCAAGGGCGCCUCGGACCGGCCCGGUAAGAGAGGCUCGCCCAACAACGGAGCGACCCGCCGGCCGCCUCAGCGCUGCCGGAGCGUCUCCCCGGGCACCCGCGCCGCCCACUUCGCGGCCGCCACGCAAUGCUCAAACAAGAACAACACUAAUAACGAGAACAAUAGAAACACCGGCAAUUGCGAGAACAAUAGCAGCAAGAGCCAGAAACGGAAGAGCAACGCCAGCCCGAGCCGAGGCCACAAUUCCGCCCCCAGACACGCCGCCGAGAGGGAGUCGCGGCCCGUCUCGCCCGCCCACCAUUCCCAUUCCAAGACCAGCCGGAAGGAUUCCCAUUCCACGGAUGGCAGUUCCUCCGAGGAACCUGUGGUGAUCUACGAGAAGACCACCUACCGCCCCCCGCCGCCCGACGCCCACAGGACCCCCUUGGGCAGCGCCAGCAAGGAAGCGGCUAGGACCCCGCAGGGUCCCCCGCUGAAGGAAGCUCCGAGAAGAACGGAGGCAGAGCCGCGUCCCAAGGAGGACGUCGCCGCGUGCAGACCCAAGAGCUCGCCCGCGCCUGCCCCGAGCGAGGCGCCGAGACCCGCCCCGCCGCGGAAGGAAGAAGCCCCGUCGAUCACCGUCAGCAGCGGGACCCCUCCGAGGUCGAGUAGCGGCAGGAGUCCCGCGAGCGAGGGCGUGAGUGCAGCGCCCCGAGAAGAGAGCAGCGACGUGAGUGUAGUGUGUGCCGUCAGGGCGCCAGAGGAGCUCGCCCCGCGCUGCUUGCCCAAAGCCCUUCCUCUUGAUGAGGUUCGGCUCCCUGUGCCGCCCGGUGCUUGCCGAAGCGAGAGUGCCGCCGCGAAGUCGCUGCCGCCCGAUGUGGUCAUAGUGCCGGCCGACCCGCCGCACGAGGAGCCCAAGUGCCAAAGAGAGCGAGCGAGCGAGGGCGCGCCCCGAGUGUGCAUCGCCUCCGAGCCGCCGCCGGACGUGGCCAGGGACCACCCGCUCGGCCACCCGCUCGGCCACGCGCACCCCCGGACCACGGAGGGCCCCGCGGCACCCUCGCCCGCCCGAGAAUGUAAGCGGCCCGUGUGCUCGAGUGCCAGCGCCUGCACCAGGAGUGGCGUCAGCAGCGUCAGCAGCGUCGGCUUCUGCCCCGGCGACAAUCGAGUGAGCGAGGCGGCAGUCAGUGCCCGCAGUAGUGCCAGUGUUGCGAGUGUAGACCAAGGACGUUUCGUGAGUGCCGCGGUCAGCCAGCAUGACACAGGUGUUAAGAAUGGCGUUGUGGGCCACAGUGCCAGCAGUGUUGUGGUGAGCAGUGUCACUGCUCCCCUUUGUGACGGUGUGACUACGGUGUCAUCAGUGACAAGUGUUUCGAUAGUGGCUGGCACUCCAAGUGCCAUUGUUAGUGCCGUUGCGUGGUCGUCAGAAAGCAACAAGGUGAACACUACUAGCAGCAAUAGCGGCAGUAGUAGUGCGUGUAGUAGCGGUGGCAGCGGUAGCAGCCGUGGGUGUGGUGAGGUGGCGGGCGUGGUGAGCGGGCGGGCAGUGACGAUCACCGCCACCAGCGGGCCGGGCCCCACGUGCGCCUCCCGCGUGGCCUCCCCGCCCUGCGUGAGCAUCACGGCCGUGGUGCGGAGUCCUGCCGCCCUCCAGCCCGCCAACCCUGACCCGCUCCACUCGGCCCCGCUUCACCAUGACGGGGCCUCCCACGCUCCCCUCCAUCACCACCAUCUCCUCCACCAUCCUCAGCAUCACCACCAUCAACUCCCCCCUCAGCAGCAGCAGCCCCAGCCCCAGCAGCAGCAACCCCCGCAGCAGCAAGCCCAGCAGGUCCCCAGUAGCAGCGCGCCAGCAGCCACCAGCUCCAGGAUGGACCACUGCGACGGCUCCAGUGACUCGGGUGUGAGUGUGACCGAGCGCUCCGUGUCUCGCUCCUCGGUACUCAGUGAUGACCGGUCGUCCUCGGCCGAAGUGAAGCCCAACACCCCAACGCCCACCUCUGCCACUGUCCCCAACAAGACGUCCCAGGCGUCGUCGUCUUCGUCGUCGUCCUCGUCGACCGCUGCUGCGCCCCUCGUGCUCGACCGUAAGGAACCCAUCCGCGUGUGGCGCGACCCGUCUCUCGUGUCGCAGUCGGAGCACACGGUGCGUCACAUCCACUCCGUGCAGCACACCGCCAUGUCCCAGCAUUACCCUGGGGUGCCGCCCCAGCACCAUGCGCCCCCGCCCUCAGGAGGCUCAGCGGCCCCGCACGCCCCUCCACACCAUAGCUCUCAUGGACAACCCCCUGUGUCCCUGGCGCACAGCCUGCCUCCGGGCCUGCCCUAUCCUGCACACCCUACUGCAGCCACAGCAAGUUUACCUCAGCCCCUGCACUUACCGCCCGGCCUCCAGGCAGCGGCAGCCGGCCUCUACCCCCUCUCGCACGACAUGUGGAAGCAGCUAGGCCCAGUGCCCACCAUCCCCCACGCCUACGCCGGCCUCCUCAACCACCACCAGGAGGAGUUCCUGCAGCGGGAACGAGCGCGGGAGCUGGAGCGAGCCGAGAGAGCCGAGAGAAUCAUGAG